AUGUUCUCGCUCAUUGGUGCCAUGGGCACACUUGUGUCAACGUUCAUGGCGGCGGAUACUUUGUCGCGGGCGUUUGGAGUGCAUAAAGUAAAGGCAGGAAGAUGUAUGCUAUACCUGUGGAUUUUGGCGAUUGUUUUGGCUUUUUGGAUGAAUAGCAUAGAAAUGCUGGGGUGCCUCCACUGUGUGGUUUUCGUCGGCGUCGCUGCAAGGUUUGGCGAGGGGGGUCUUUCAUACGACUUUGUAAGAGUCCCGAUACUGACUUUUGUUCCGGCUUUUGGAAUAGUAAAUAUUUUAUUAAACUACGCUUGGUCCACCGUCUAA